UUUGGUCUUCAUUAUACAUUUGAGACUAAUGUGAAUCUUGCAGGUUUUUGUGAUGCUGAUUGGGCAGGUUGCUUAGAUGACAGACACAGCACAUCGGGUGGUUGCUUUUUCUUGGGAAACAACGUGGUCUCAUGGCAUAGCAAGAAACAAAACUGUGUUUCUCUAUCCACAGCAGAAGCUGAAUACAUUGCACUAGGUAGCUGUUGCACUCAACUCCUUUGGAUGCGACAAAUGCUUUUUGACUACGGUAUCAUCUCUUCUUCCAUGCUUGUUCAUUGUGCUAACAUGAGUGCUAUAAAUCUCUCUAAAAAUCCAGUUCAGCAUUCACGUACUAAACACGUGGAUAUAAGACAUCACUUUGUGAGAGAGUUGGUGGAAAUGAGGAUUGUGAUUUUAGAGCAUGUACCAACAGAGAAACAACUUGCUGAUCUCUUUACCAAACCAUUGGAUUACAACACCUUUCUUGGUCUUAGAAAGGCGUUGGGAAUCAUGGAACUCUGAUUAAGACCUGAAGAAGGGGGAAGAGUAACUAUAAGUUUUUGAUUGACUCUGUACGUCGAUGCUACUCCCCCACUAACACCUUGAGUCAACAAGUUCCGCUGUGUAAGUUCGUUUAUCUGACUCUGUUUAACUCUCUUUUCUGAUUCACUGGUGAAGGGCACUCACCUUGAACUGAGAUGUUACCCCAUUUCACGUUUGAGGUAUUGAUCACUGCCUGGAUUGAAUGAGGAAACACAUAAGAGGGUGAGUGUUACAUAAGGAUAAACGUGUGUCACACGAAAAGGUCAAGAAAUAAGACUCGUGUGCAGUCUCAUGAAAGAGGUGUGUUACUCAACAAAGAAAUCAAUCGUGAACAAGGCCUGGAAUGAUAGAUACUCGUGAUGGAGCUGGGUGUUACCCCACUUUGCCUCUAAUCUCGAUCACUGUCCUGACUAGGCAGGCAUGUUACCAAUCUCUUGGGAUAAAUGUUUCGGAGCAGGGUGUCACUCCACUCUGUCUCUGGAUUCCAUCUCUUUCCUAACAAUGAAGUUGUGUAUUCAUUGCUUGUGAACUGAUGAAACGUGGUUGUUUGUGAAGAUGGAGAGGCAGACGCACAAGAUACCUAACAUGUGUUUCCAGACUGUACAGAAGAGUGUGAAAAACAGAGUUGGGGUUAACUGAAUGAACACAGCAGAAUCUCGUUUGUGACAGCUACUCUGCUGAGAAAUAGCUACAGACUUGGGUUGACUCAUUGAUUUCAUUUAUAAAAGUUUUGGUAGCUAGAUGUGUGGCUAAAUCGUUCUUCGGUGACUUUACCCCCGAGAUGCAGGCAUCAUGUUCAUAGAUGCCUAUGUGUAUAUGCUGGUUAUGUUACGGGACUUGCUCAUAUCACAAUUCACAUGACUCCUCUGCUCUUAUACGACUGUAAGUGAAGUCUGUGCUCCUGGUUACAUGUGUGUAUAACGCAUCAGUUUUAUUGCUUUACACACAGGGUUUUAUUUAUGAUUAUUUAAUUCAAUAAAUGGAACUUGAUUUGGGACUAAUGCUUUAAAUUGAGUGGAAUUAGGGUUUUCCGUGUCACCCCCAAAAACAGCUUCCGCCACAUCUCUUCUUCUCUCCAAAGUCGAAACAUGCAACCUUCCCGCAGAAGCUCUCUAUUGUCUGAGAAAGUUACAUCUGCGCCGGUUUCCUCCUCCGCUGAGCCCUCUGAAUCUUCUCGAAAACGAGUCCGCAAGCAGCGCCGAGAAACAACACCGUCACCAUCGUCACCACCUGCUGCAGUUACCUCUUCCUUUGAUGACGAGGUUGAAGCUUUCCAACCCAAGGAACCACGCUAUCAAGCAAGUCGUGCCUCUUUCCAGGCACGAAAUCAGGAGAAUCCCGAUUUGCUUCGCUCGCACAUCACACCGGUCUCGAGUCGGUUUGUCACAAGCAAUGCAGCUGAAAGGUAUGAAAAGUUGGCUCCCCGAGGCUUCGUGAUUCAACAAAGGUUAGAUGUGAAUGAUGAGAACUUGUCUGAUGUGAAAAGAGUGGUAGUUAGGUCCGGACUGAUCUAUACUCUAAUUGACUGCGAUUUGUUUCACCCAAAUGUCGUGAAAGAGUUCAUUGCGAAUCUGAGAGCUGCUGAGAAUAGAGAGGAUGGCAUUGCUGUAUUUCUUCAUGGAUCUAUGGUAGAUUUCUCACCUACACUGAUCAAUGAUCUGUAUCUGAUUCCGGGAUUUGAAGAGGAUCUUGACUACAUGACUGCUGACAUCGACGUGUUGUGCUCGUUUCUGACCGAUAAUCGAUUGCAACGUUGGGAAGACAUGAGCUCCAAAUACCUAACUCGGACAAAUCAGGUGCUCUACAAGCUCGUGUGCUCCAACUGGAUACCUACGACUAACUACACUUCAAUGAAUCAGGAGCGACUCAAGUUCCUCUACAUGCUUCAUCAUCACAGGAGUUUUGAUUUUGGUCAGUCCGUUUAUGAUCAGAUCAUCAGUUUUUCAGCUAACGUUAACACUGACAAGUCUCGGAGGAUCAUCUUCCCUACGCUGAUUCAACAAGUCAUUGACUAUCAAUGAACUGUGUUGUCUUUUGAAGAAGAUGAUGAGUACACAGGAUAUCCGAAGCUCGUUGUCAAAGACAUCAAGGCAGGUCGAGGACAGGGUGCUGAUGCUCGGUCUGUGGAUCUUUUGGCUGACAUUGAGCGAACCAUAGCUGAUCUGAAAAACAUUCGGAUUCGCUUGAGGAGUAAGGGUGUCAUACUUGUAGUCAUUCCUUGAAUUUUAUGAGUCUCUAAUCUUGUUUUAUCUUAAUGUGCAUCUACUCAGGGGGAGAAUACCCGCAGUACACACAACAGCCUUCACGGGAUGAGGAGGUUGUAAUGGAGCAGGACAGUGAUCAGAGUGAGAGUUUCUGAGCGAAUGGAACUCUGUAGUGAGAGUUUCUGAGUGAAUGAAAGUCUGUAGUGUUUACGAUGUUGCUAUGUUGCUUGGAUGUUGCUUCAUAUGUUCUUUUGAAUUAAUAUGGCUGUGUAAUCUGACACUCUUAAGCUUAUCAAUAUGUUGUGUUUCUGGUUUCUUGAAUUUCAAAUUUGUUCAAUACAGGGGGAGAAUGAGAGACUGUGAUUCAAUAAUGCAGGGGGAGAUGCGAUCAUGAGAUGGUGGCUAGAAGAGCUUGUAUUGACUCACUGAGAACAGCACUACAUUAGCAAGACUUUGUUCUGUGCGUACGACAGGCUCUGAUCCUGUGCUAUUGGCGACAGCGAUAUCUAGUUGAUGUUAGGACAGCUGGUUCUAAGUUGAGUAGAGUGUCACAUUCAGAUAAAAAGGGGGAGAAUGUAAGCUCAAGAUUGUGAGCGUGUUCGAGCUGAGCUAAGAGUGUGUUACACAGUGCGGUGAUUGUGUAACAUAGUAUGAAGAGUUUGUUACGAGUGAUGACGUGUCACAAACUUAUGGAAAUAGAAGAUAUUGCUUCAACGUGAAGCAAAGAAGAUCUUCUAGUUUGCAAGAUUUUAGGAAAUAGAAUAUUGUCUUUUUCGUGUCUACUUAAUGAGAUAAUCUAAAAGAGUUUUAGGUCAAGUGUUAAGUGAGAAAAAGCUAGAACAAGAGGUUUGUUCUUGUCGGCUACAGAGAUCAAGUAACAGAUGUUUAGCUUGGGUCUUUGUGAUUUAGAUUAGAAACUGGUCUGUCGCUAGUCGUGUGUGACUGAGCAUAAAUCAGAUUAAACAGAUCUAUGAGAUUGUUUAAAAGGUUUCUAAUAUACAAGAAAGUGUUCUUGAAAUCUCUUGUGUGUGAGUUAUAAUUUGGGUGUCUCUGAACUUUCAGAGAGUGUCACGGAGAGUUCUAUCCAGCCUCCUAAACAUAGCAAGAGUGGUGUCAGAGAUGCUGUUGCGCAGCAUGUUGUUCUUUUCUUCCCAAAUGAUAAAAUAUCUCCACCUGAACCGUGAGUCUCUUAAGGAUCGAAGACAAUCCUGGCAAGGCUGAGAAAGCAUUAAGCAGAGGAGAGCUUGCCAAUCAGAAAGCAUGAGAAACGGUACGGCUGGCCAAGAAGAGUCAAAACGAUAUCCCACAGCUGAGAUGAGACAUCACAAUGAAGAACAAAUGGUCUUUAGUUUAUGCAUUAGUACCGCAUAAACAUUAAGCUGUUACACCACCUCCAUCGGAGGCUUUAAUAACAGGUCCUAAAGAAAAAAACCAAAAAAAUUAAAUGAAAAAUGAGUUAAAAGAAGAGAACGGUGUCUAAUAUGACACUUUUAGAAAUGAUAAGCACCCUAUACGUGCUUCUUUGUUAUUGGCUAAUGUUUUCUCUCUGUUUCUCUUCCUCUUCGUCGAUGUUGGAGAAACAAGAGCCUGAAUCGUCAUCAUCGGAGGAGGCGCAAGCUGUGACUCCGUGGGUCGUCUCCGGUAAUGUCGAUUACGGGAAGGUGAUCGAAAAGUUCGGCUGCGAUAGGAUAGACGAGUCGCUGAUUUGCGUGUUUGAUGAUUCGGUUUUUUUGUGUGUGUUUGAUGAUUCGGUUUUUGAUUUGCAUUGAUGGGGAUGUUAAAAGUUAUGUUCUUUUGGCUGAGUGAGGAUGAAUGGGUUGAACAAAGUAACCAGGAGAGGGGAGAACAAAGUAACCAGGACUCUUGGGUCUCGGGAAUUCAUGCGAUACUACAAACAGAAGCCACCACCAUCUUCUCAGAAACACAUUGUCGACUCUCUAGCCACGAGGUUUGUUUCCUGUGAUAAGGGUUCGUCAGUUUCGUUAAAGCUCCAGACUUUAUGUUUUCAAUUGCCUCUGACGACACAGAACGCUUAAGGUUCUCCUCCUCUCUUUUCUCAAAUCUGGGUUGUAUUUGCUACAAGUAUUGGUUUUUGGUGAUAAGGGUUCGUCAGUUUCGUUAAAGUUUCAGACUUUUUAUUUGCAUUUUCCCUUGAUUUGAUCUUUUGGAGCUCAACUGCGUUUAUAUGGUUGGUGAUGUAUAGUGGUGGUUAAUCAAGUAAGUGUUCACGCUGGUGUGUAGGAGACAGUUUGAUUUGGCGAAUAGGGAAGCAAUGGAUGAAUCUGCAGAAUGGCGGAGAAUGUUUGACUGUGAAGCUGAGAAAGCUUCUAACUGUAACUCAGAGCUGGCACUGCAUUGCUCAGUAAGAUAGAGACACUAAAACAAGAGCUGGAAGCUUCAAGGUUAAAGUGCCGUUCAAGAGAGGCACCCCAUUAGAUUGGUUUUCUGUAGUAGACAUCCAGCGUUUGAUAUUAGCUCUCGCUCAUUCAGCUGCUGGUAAGAAAAUCUUAAACAUUUCAUUCUCAUGUAUAACAGUUGUUGUAGUAGACGAUUUGUAGGCUCUUUUUGGAACAAUCAUACUAGCAAUACCUGUAAUAUACAUCAUCAUUUUCAUCA